ACGGGAAUCGAAUCGAAUCAGCCCAAACUACUUCCUGAAGCCUCUCCCCUCUGUAUCCAGCGCAUGCCUCACUCACCCCUCACCCAUUUUCUCUGCGCCUCCAGUCAGUCCACCGGCGACAUCACCGGCACGCAGAGCCGCAGCCGCCAUCUCCUCCUCCUCUUCUUCCUUCUUUCUCUUCUUUUCUUUCUUUCCUUCUUAUCUUCUGCGUUUCUGCGUUCCUGGCUAUAGACAGUUGCAGCAGAGCGCGCCACCACCAGUUCGAGCAGAGGCAUCGCGCGCCACCGGUACUCCUCGCCGUAGCUCGUCGUUGCAGUACCUCCGCCCUAACCGCUCUCUGUUUUCGUCCAGGCGAGCACUCGAUCUGUCGCGCCACCGCCCUGCCGUCGCUCCAGCGCGCCUCAGACCACCAAGGACGGGUCUGUCAAGCCUCAUCGCGCCGCCUCCGUUUCUCUCUGCCACUUCCAGUCGGAUCCGGCCAUCUGCUUGCACUUCCAGCGCAUGUAGCUUUGAUCUGGCACGCGUAAAUCCCCGAUCUAGCAAGAAAAAUUAUACAUGGGAUCGCCCGGGUCCGUCUAGUGCUCCUCCUGGACAGAAUCAAAGCUAGAGAUUCGCUCUCUAUCACUGUCGUAGACAGUUGCUGAAUUGACCGAAGCUCUGCAAUCUUCUCCGCAGAAUUACAAAUGUAAGAUUAUCACUCACCGCCGUUAAUAUCAAUCCGGUUGUUCUUCCGUUAUGGCAAAUGACGGAGCCGAACAGUCAUUACCCUCAUCUGAUAGACAGAACAUACCGGCUCCGGCUUCGGAUCCGCAUCCGGCUACAGCUCCGGCUAUGGCUCCGGCUACAUUCAAUAACAUCAGUGCAAUAGUUUCAAUCUUACAUAGGAUGCGAGAUGGGGAAUCCACUGUAGGCUAUGGAUGCAUGAACUGUCAUAUGUACAAUUUGCUCGGCAACUUGAAAGAGCCCGAGCCAUUGGACAAACUAAUUCAGUCUUGUAUUCUUAAGCAUUUGGCUCCGCUUUAUGCAUCAGAAAAUAGAAAAGAUAGCAAGAAGGCCGACUAUUAUAUUAGGUAUCUGUUGCAUUUGAUGAUUGCUGAAAAGACAACAGGUUUUCUUGAUGAACGUGCUUCUGUAAUUCUACAGUUAUGCAAGUUUUUGAGGACGAUGGUUAGUCUUGAGGAUUCUUUAUAUGUUUUAAGUCUUCACAGUUUAAGAGAUUUGGCGGAAAAGGCCAAUUAUGUGCUUCUUGACAGGCAUAGAAUAUUGUACCCGGAAUGGCAAAUUCUACCCAUUUUUGACGAUUUGGCAGAUAGAUUGCUGAAGGAUUUGCAUCGGUGCAUCAAUUCACCUUCAACCAAGGAGAGAAUGGACUCACUAAUAAGUGAUUUUCGUGACUUCAAGGCAUUUUCACGCCUUUUAUACCAUGCUAUUCAGGAACAGAAAGAGAAGCAAGAAGAAAAGGGGAAGGAAGAGGGGGAGGAGGAGGAGGAGAAGGCAGCGCCCAUUUCUUCAGAGAGAUAUAAAAAUGCCGGAAAAAAAUUGUCUAUUCGUUAUAUCUGUUUUAACUUGUUGCACGACAUUGAGAUCUUGCUUGGAAAAGUACAAAAAUGUCUAGUUAGUGGAGAAAAGUUCCAGCCUGAAUGGUCUAUGUACCUUUCCAUUUUGGAAGAACUUAACUUCAUUUCUAGACUUUGCCCCGAUUCUCGGGAUAAAUUUUGGAGUGUAUUAAAAAGUGCAAAGCUUCCAUUAGGUGCUCUAAUUGUUCGAUUCGCUCAGAGAAGAGAUGGCUGUGACUAUCGAUGGCUUCUUGAGCACAACGAUGUAACUGAUAGUGAUUCCAGGAUGCAUUUGGCCAUGUUGAUGAUCCCUGGGGUUAAGGAAUCUACAGAUGCAGAGUUGAUGAAGAAGCUAGUUUUCUGGUCUCAAGAUUUGUACACAGAUCAAUUUAGGGCAUUCCAACAUAAGAGUCUUACAGAUCCUCAAGUAUUACAGGAUUGGUUAUGCAAGUCAUGUGAAGUUAUAUUCAACCCAAAUAAUCCCCUUUUCCUAGCACAUCCAGGUGAUUCUCCAAGUUUCAAUGUUAAUCCUGAAUUUAAUCCUGAACCCUCCCACUAUGAAUUUGUGGAAUUUGCUGGAAAAGUGAUUGCAUUAGCUUUAAUACAUAAAGUGAGAAUAGGUGUCGCAUUGGACGGUGUGUUCCUAACGCAGCUGGCCAAUUCAUCUAUGUCUUAUAGAUCUAAUAAGGAUCUGCUGGUAUCAUUUUUUGCACAUGGCUUUGCCAGAAUCUUUGGUGUUUCAAUCAAAGAAUUGUUGUCUUUCAAAGGGUUACAGCAUCAAGACAUUAAUCAAGUGUUGUGUGGACCCAGAACACUAUCUAAUGGUACAGUGAACAAGAUUAGUGGAGAAAGGAAGACAGACGUUCAUGUCGAUCCUCUGUUGUCUCACGACCAGAAGGUCAAAAGGUUAAUAGAUAGCAUUAGCAGUUGGCAAAGGGGCUCAAUAUUGGGAAGUUGGUCAUUUGGAGAAGUCUAUGAAGGAAUUGCUGAUUCCGAUGGAUUUGUUUUUGCUGCAAAGAAAGUUCCUCUUGAAUGCGCUGAAAAAUUCAGGUCAAUGAAGGAUGAGAUUGAUUCAUUGCUUCAACUACGUCAUGAAAAUAUAGUUGAAUAUCUUGGCGCAAAAAUGGAGGACGACGAAGAUCUCUAUAUUUUUCUUGAGUUUGUAAAUGGACGCUCCCUCGAUAAAGUUUAUAAAGAACUAACCCUUAAUGAUGCCCUAGUGUCCUGCUACACCAAACAGAUACUGAAAGGUUUGGAGUAUCUCCAUGAACGAAAUUUCAUCCACGGAAACAUGAAAUGUGCAAACAUUCUGUUGUGCAAACAUUCUGUUGAAAGACCAAUGGAGGCCUUUGGGAAAAAAAAAAUUGCAGGAUUUUGGAUUGACAAAUUUACAGAAACCUCCUCAGGCAGGCAGAGGGAUUCCCGGCCGGUCCCGCUCCUGAGGUCAUUGAUUCGACAAGAACAGGAGAAAUAUGGAUAA